GGUUAGCGAACCUUCCCGCUACAAAAAGAGCCACACUGCAGACUCUUCUCUGAUUCGGCGUCAUGUUUGUAUGCGUGGCUAUUGCGCUAGUGCUGUUGGCGGCGGUUGCGCAAUGCGGCCCGACUCCGCCACCGCUUGGUAGCCGGGCCGAGCUGGAAAACUUCCGCGCGGCUGUGGAGGAGCUCAAGGCCGAAAGACGAGCUAUGAUGCUGCGUCUGGAAAAAGCGGAGAAGGAGCUGAACGCGGUCCGAGAUACUCCAAAGGUCGCCUUUGCUGCCUCUCUGGGAGGAAACGGCGCCCAGAAGACGACGUCUGGAAACAGAGAUCUGAUCUACAGGGACGUCCUGACCAACGUGGGCGGGGCUUAUAACGCGGACACAGGAGAGUUCACCGCGCCCAUCCGUGGCGUCUACUACGUGCGCUUCACCGCCAACGCGCCCACCGACUUCCCCAUGAGCGCCGUGAUGUACAAGAACGGCGGCGAGAUCGAGCUGAUCGCCCACGAGCAGCCGUCGGGAGAGGGCAGCGACACGGCGUCUAACGGCGCCGCCCUACUGCUGGAGAAGGGCGACAAGCUGAAAAUGGUGCUGUGGCACAACACGCAGAUCUGGGACAACAGCAACCAUCACAGCACAUUCAGCGGAUUCCUGCUUUUCCCUCUGAUUGAUGAAGCUCCCAAGGAGUUUGACGUAGAGUUGGAGAUGAAGAGCCUUCAAGCUUCUAUGGCGAAGCUUCGAGUGGAAAACACAGAACUCAAAGAACGAAUGGAGAGCACCGAGACGGAGCUGAAGAAGAUGAGAAGCGCGCCAAAGGUAGCGUUUGCGGCAUCCCUGGGCGGUAACGGUCUCCAAAAAAACACUUCCGGAAUGAAGAAGCUUCUCUUCAAGGAAGUGCUCACCAACGUCGGCGAGGCGUACAAUUCAGAAACGGGCGAGUUCACCGCGCCGGUUCGCGGCGUCUACUACGUGCGUUUCACCGCCAACGCCCCCACCGACUUUCCCAUGAGCGCCGUGCUGUACAAGAACGGCGCCCAGAUCAAGCUCAUCGCCCACGAGCAAACGUCGGGAGAGGGCAGCGACACGGCGUCCAAUGGCGCCGCCCUACUGCUGGAGCAGGGCGACAAGCUUUCGCUGUACCUGUGGCACAACACGCAGAUCUGGGACAACAGCAACCACCACAGCACCUUCAGUGGAUUCCUGCUGUUCACCCAGUGAGCACCGCGCCAGUCCUCCCUAAAACUUUCAUGUAACAGCCAAUAAAAAUACACGUUCCUUUUCAA